ACCGUGGCGUUGUCUCACUGAUGAGAGCUGAGAGAGUGAAGCCAUGCGAGGUGGGGGCCCACGCCGCAUAGAGAGGAGCGAGGACAAAAGGCGCCUCACGUCCCCUCCUCUCCGCCUCGCCGAUCCCCCACUCUAUUACCCGCCCUUUUCUGCUCCGCGCCAUCUCCUCCUCUGCUCGCCUCUGCUCCUCCUCGUACAGAGCAAGCUGCGCAGCAGCAGCAGCAAGCAACCAAACGCAGCCCACACAAAGCUUUGUUCUUCUUGCUCUUCUUAUACUCGAGCAGCCGCGCAUUCUGUGGAGCUCAGAGCGCAGCGCGGCGCCAUGGGGAGGCACAAGUUCAGGCUGUCCGACAUGAUCCCGAACGCGUGGUUCUUCAAGCUCCGCGACAUGCGCGCCGCCCGGGGAGGUGCGGGCGCUGGCGGCGGCGGGGCCAGCCACGGUGGGGUGGUCACGCAGUCUUCGGUGGCCGUGUCGCGGGCGGGGAGGGCGUGCCGGCCGCUGCCGAACACGCCCAGGCACGGCGCGUUGUCGCUCCCGCACAGGGCGUCCUACUACUACACGCCGCGGGCCGGCGACCUGCUCGUGGGGUCGCCGCUCCAUCCCAAGUGCUCCGACACGCAAUUCCCUCCUCUUCAGCUGUCGCCGCCGAGGAAGUCCAGGCGCAGGCACAGGCGGCGGUCCGUCAAGCUGGCGCCGUCCGUCAGCGGCAGCAGCGUCCUGUCCUCGCCGGUGUCCACCGGCUGCCGGUGCGGGCGCAAGCCGGAGCUCGUCGUGGUCGAGGCGCCCGACACCCCACCGUGCCGCCGCGACAAGUUCGUCGGCUACAAUGACGACGACGAUGACGAGGAAGAGGAAGAGGUGGAAUUCAAGAAGCCGACGGUCGCCGUCGCCGCGUGUGACGAGCUCGACGGCAAGGUGAUCACCUCCGCCACGGACAUCAUCAUCGACCUGCGGACCGAGAAGAGGCCCGACAAGGUGCUCCCGCCUAUCGUGACCAAGCCGGCGAGGAGAGAGCUCGACGGCUGCGAUCUGGAGGAGAAACACAUCGACGUCGUGAGACGCGCGUCGGCUAAAAAACCCACUACCCUCCUCGAACAGAGCAAGCCGAGGCGGUCGGUGUCAUCCGCGCGCCGCCUCAAGACGCGCGCCAACACCCCGCGUAUCGUGGCCAAGAAGUCAAAGCCACCACCACCACCACCACCCGCGGCGGCGCGCUCGCCGGCGCCGACGACGAAGCCGCCCCUGGCGGAGAGCUUCGCGGUGGUGAAGUCGUCGCGGGACCCGAGGAGGGACUUCCGGGAGUCCAUGGAGGAGAUGAUCGCCGAGAACGGCAUCCGCACCGCCGCCGACCUGGAGGACCUCCUGGCGUGCUACCUGUCGCUCAACGCCGCCGAGUACCACGACCUCAUCGUCGACGUGUUCGAGCAUAUCUGGGCCAACCUCGCGGACAUCAAGAUGUAGCGGAAGAGCUCAGUCUCAAGCUCACUCGUGCUAGUGCAAUGCAAUGCAACUCUUGUCUUGCAUGGUGAAUCCAAUGAGUCCCAUCGUGCCAAGAGCUGUCGUCUUGAGAAUCUUGGUUUGCUCUAGCCUGUUAAUGAUCCUAAAAUUGGGUAUGAUAAAUAGUGUUAUCCAGACCUGGGAUACUAUGCUGUUCUUCUGUCUCUUUACAUUUAUGGUACUAUACUACAGUAGCUAGUAUGAAAUGUGAGAGGCUAAUCCAGGCAAAACAGGGUACUACUAGUACUGUAGAAAUCAACUAUGGUAAAGACUAAAUAGUGGUGUUGAUAAAUGAUAAUAUUAAUGACAAAUCUAAUGGAGUCAAACAGUAGUAUUUCUUCGCUA